GUGAUUUUGCGUGUUCACUUGCAGGGAUUGAGAUUUAAAUGCUUUCUUCGAUCGUUUUGGUGACUCAAGAGCAAGCCAUGUACAUCUUGAUACCUAGAAUGUGGAUGAUCAAGAAACUGCGUCGACGGAGGUGAAUGUUAAGAGAGAGAGAGAGCUUUGAUACUCGCACUUCCAUCUGAACCUCGUCGAUUUGCCAAGUGUCUUGAAGAAUGGAUGACCAUGAGUGCUCGUUCGAUCAAUCGCUGAGUAUGGUGAAGGCGUCUGAAUUGUUUCCAGCGAAAGAGAAAUAUGAUCGGGACUCGCCGGAUCUGGCGUUGCCGUUCGAACCGCUCUUCGGGGAAUUCCCGGAAUAUCUGGGGCAAGCCGAAGAAGGUGUCUUGGCAAUAUCAAACGUUCGUUUGUUUCUGAAAGCUGCCGCGGGUCCCAAUUUGAACAUUCCGAUUGGAUUGAUCGAUAGUGCCGAAGUGCGAGAGAUCUUUUUCCUGUUUGUUUUGUGCAAGGAUGCUAGAACAGUGAGGCUGACGUUUCGAACGAGUGACAUUUGCCAAUUGUGGUUACGCCGUUUAUGCCACAUAAUGACGCUGCCAACGAAGAAGGAAGAUGUUUUUGCGUACUGGUUCCACGCUUAUUGUUCGGAAGAGUCAAAGGAUAGGCUCCACGCCAUUCUAUCCGCCCCGAACCAUUUGAACGUUCCUGGUGCUUUCAAACCGGAUGUUUUUGAAAGUACGCGGGAACUCGAAGACUUGCCUGUCGCUUCAUGUCCAAGCUUGCAUUCAUCGAAUUACAAGGAUGUCCUGGAUUUCGAAAUCCGCCGGAUGGGAAUUGAUUCGUGCAGUUCGUGGCGAAUAAGCAGCGCGAAUGUCGAUUUUUCACUCUGUUCUACGUAUCCUCCGUAUCUUCUCAUCCCUGCUUGCAUCAGCGACGAAACUUUGCGAAGAGUCGCUGGAUACCGAACUUGUGGUCGUGUUCCGACAAUCGUGUGGCGGCAUAGUGGAAAUGGAGCUGUGAUUGCGCGAUGCAGCCAGCCGCAAAUCGGCAUUCUUGGAUGGCGAUGCAGCGAAGACGAGGAUUUGCUGAAAGCACUCGGGGAUGCGUGUGGCUGGGAUCCGGGUCCGCAUCCGAUUUUGCCUCGCAGUCGUCUGAAUUCUUUGUGCAGUGAUGAUAUGAUAUCGAGCAAAAUUCGCGUCGACGACUGCGACACCUCGUCCGCUGACGAAGAAAACCUGGAAUUCGAUAAUGAACGACUCAAACGACAGCAGAGUCGUCGUCGCCGUCGGUCCUCCCAAGGCAGAAGCCAGACUUUAUCCGGCGGCUCGGAGGCAGAAAUGGUUAGCGGAAGCAUUCCUGUCCCCGGAGCGGAAGUUUGUUUGGGGGAAAGUCACAGUAGCCCCUCUUCUUUCAAGGACUUGACUGGGGAAAGUCGAACGCAUCCGUCAAGGUGUAAGCAAAAUCGCGGAGUUGAGGACGUUGAACUGCGCUGUGCCGACCUUGCUGACAAUUUGUUGCGUUUUCUCUUGCAGCGGGUACUCAUUAUCGAUGCGCGGUCAUUUUCGGCGGCCAUGGUGAAUCGGGGAAGAGGCGGCGGCUACGAGUGCCCCGAGUAUUACCACAACUGUGAUAUUCAGUUCAUGAACCUUGCCAACAUCCACGGGAUCCGCAAGAGUUUCCAGGCCCUGCGCCAGCUGAGCUACUCGUCGUCGCAGGACCAGGUGAUCUGGCUCGGCUGGCUAGAGGCGAGCAAGUGGAUGACGCAUUUGAGCACUCUGAUGCGGUCCGCCGUCGGGAUCGUGCGUGCCGUCGCGAGCGAGGGACGUCCCGUCGUCAUCCACUGCUCGGACGGCUGGGACCGGACACCGCAGUUGUCGUCGCUGGCCGAGCUGCUCAUGGAUCCGUUUUACCGGCGCAUCGACGGGUUCCGCGUGCUCGUGGAGCGCGAGUGGCUCGCGUUUGGCCACAAGUUCGGGGACCGCUGCGGCCAGGGCGUCAACGGGCUCAACGAUCCCAACGAGCGUUGUCCGAUUUUCCUCCAGUGGCUGGAUUGUGUUUUUCAGUUGACGCAUCAGUUCCCGACUGCGUUCCAGUUUACGGCGGAAUUUUUGGAAUCACUGGUGCAACACGUGUACUCGAAUGUCUUCGGCACGUUUUUAUUUAACUCGCUGUUGGAGAGACAACAGAAUAGUGUUUCAGAGCAAACAUAUUCGCUGUGGUCUUACCUGCAACCAACGCACGACUCGAACCGUUUUUUGAACGUUCUUUACGAGCCGAACCAGCAUCAGACGUUGUACCCGAGCUGGAAUGUGCGGGAUUUCCUGGUGUGGUCCGUGUACCUGCCGGGCCGAGACCAUCCGCCGCCGCCGUCAUUUCCACUGUGCAACGGCCCCACGCUGGACAUCCCGUUUCAAGGAAACCGGGCCACUCCGGACCAGGGUUCUUUGUACGAAGAACCCGAGGCGGAACCGGAACCCGGAUCGCGUCAGCUGGUCAUUGAAUUCCCCGCAACCGGCGAAGAGGAAGACGACGAAAGAGCGACGGAUGCGGUGAAGAACAUCAAGAACAACGAUGAUGAUGACGACGACGACGAUGAUGAUGAUGAUGAUGAUGUCGUGGAAGAAGAAGAAGAGGACGAUGAUUGCGAUCGGGAGGACUUGAAAACAGUGUUGUUGACGUCCCCGCAACAACAGCAGCAUCAGCUGUCGUUGUCGAUGACUGUGGUGCCGUCGCCGUUGGCGGCGACGGCUGUGGAGCGGGUAACGACCCGCACUUGCCCGUUGUGCUUUCCGCGCGAGCCGGAGGAAUCCGUGGACGAGUCUGUGUUGAAAGUGCUCAAUUUCGUCGACCGCGGGAAGACUGACCCGGACAAUCAGCGCGAGUUGAGAUACCGAACCCUGCUUGACAGGUACGUGAAGCAAAUCGAUGCCCUGCGUGCCGAUCUACACUUGACGAGGCUCCAACUGCUCAAUUUGAACAAAUCCAAUGCCGCGAAUGGGAACGCCGAUGAAGCUGGGGUAAGAGCUGGCUGGUCUCCUCUAUUUGAAAAUGCUGUUGCGGAGGACUUCGCUCCCCGUGAAUCCGUCUUGUACGUUCCAUUGGAAGGAGACGUCGAUCCGAGCUCGCACGAAACGGGUGGCUGUUUAAUGAAUGGCGGUGGAGGCGACAAGUGUCGAACAGACGUCAAUGGUGUCGACGCCGUCGGGAAACGGGUCGACGCUUCGGACGGUCGAAGUCGGAAAAGAGAGCUUGUUUUCGGAGAGUCGAGUUGGCAGUUCGUUUCGGAACUUGGCAACGAACUGGACGAAUUCAACCCGGACGACGAGGAUGAGGCGGAAGCUGCGGAUCGGGUAAAUGGUGCGACUACUUCUGCCGUCGCUGCCACGACGGCGAGGGCCGCCGCCGCCACGGGAAAGCGAACUGGAAACGGCAGCUUCGACGUGUCUUCGUCUCGGUACCCCGUGUUCCCUAAUGGGGAACCCGGACUGGUGACCCAGCGCUGCUGUGAGGCCAAGAACACAACCCCCGGCUCGGGUUCUCGUCGGUCCUCAUUCCGCUCGUCGGCCAACAAAGGUGCUAAAAUGGUUCAAGCCGUGCACACCUGAGAAAGGAGGGAAGAAGGAUAGGCAACGAAGGAGGAGAAAAAGCGUGGAACCGAACCGUUUUAAGGAUUAAUCGUUUCCGAAAUUUUUGGUUUCUCUUUUUUGUGUUUUCGGAUAUUUUUUUUUUCACGCGAGUGCGGAUGACGGAUUGUCGGCGGCAUGAACAUGUGGAAGGGAAAGGGUAUAAAUCUGACGUGUAGCUUCUUAGAGGCGCGACUGAAGAAGAAUGGGGAAACCGUCCUUGACUUGAGGCGAAUUUGACGUGAGCUUUGUGUGUUAACGAUUGGCGCGAGGGUUGGUUGAAAAGUUUUGCCAUUGCCUUCAAAUAUUUCAAAGGUUAUUUUUGGACACAAGCGUUCCUUCUGUUUAACAUCGUUCAAAUUCAAAGCAACGUUUUUGUGUAUAUGUCCAUCACUCGAGAGAAUGCUGAAACUGGUGAUUUUUUGGUAAACGUUUUUUGGGGUACCCGAGCUUUAAUCCGUACGUGACGUGUCACAUUUGGAAAUGAUUCUUUACAUUUUUUGUUUUUUAAUUGUUUGCACCUGGAUGGCCCGCAAAAUGGGUCUUGAAACUUACGCACGGCAAUGGGGUGACUGAUCAUCUCUCACGUCUUCACUCUAUUUGACUUUGGGUGGUUAAUUACUGGAAGCCACCAUGGUCCGGGUAUGAUCGAAUUUGACUUUAUCAGAACUCCUGUCUCUUAUCCAAGAAUUUCUUCAUGACGAGGAGUGUCAGGCUGGCAAAACUUUCGAAUCAACUCUUGCGCAUGAUUUCCGGAUGAACGUUUGGCGGGGAGGGUUUUGUUUUCCCGUAAAAACGAAUAUGCGUUGGAGACGCUCCUGAGAAGAUAAAUCUCUGACCCAUCAGAUUGUAGACUUUAAUGAUUUUCAAAUCACUCGUCGAAUCAUGGUUGAAGUGCUGUUAUGAAGUAUGAUUUCGGAUCGUGGUUGAUUUUCGGAUAUCGUUAGAUGGAUGGAGCUAGUAGUUCGAGAUUUUUCCUUGCAACUUCGAAAGCAAAAGAAAAGUGUUUCUCAAGUCAGCGGUUUGUGUUUCAAUCAAAGAAGGGAUUUGAGUUAAACACUGAACGAUGUAUGAGGCGAUUGCAGCCGCCGCGGGUGAUCACGAAAAAUGUUGAGGAUUAUAUUUAGUUUGUAUUCGUUUCGGGAGCGUGUGAUUCUGGUGUAUGCUUCAUAGUAAUAUCUAGUCAAGUGCGAACACUAUCUUUAAAAAAAAAAAAAGGAGAGUGGGGUUAAUCCGCCGACUUCGUCAUCGGAACUCAGUCGUUGGUUUUUCAUUUCUGGUUCAGGAUAUUUUCUUCAUCGUUUUGUUCCCUCCCUCUUUUUUUUUUUUUUUGAGCUGCCGGUGAGGAUGGUUUUGACGAAAGCAAUGGGUUUCCACAGACAGGGUGUGACUUUAUUUUAUUUUGCAUUACGAGGAAAGAAGAAAUCCGUAGUUUAGCAUCAGCCUUAUAAAUGUGCGCGUACUGUGAGACGUUUCUUGUCGUCAUUUUUACCCCCUCCGACUCAUGCCCUGUUCCGACUUGCGUUGCAUUCCUCGGGUGAUGCUGGGAGUGGAACUGUGUCACGAGUUCGCGAGCGGAUUUUCAACUCUUCGCCGAGUCGAAGUGGGAAGAAUUUAUUGAACGGUAAAAAUGCAUGAUUCCCGUGAAACAAGACGCGAAUGUGUAUGUGUCGGUUUUCCUCUCGUUCAGUGCCUUUUUUUUCAUUAAAAAAAUAUUCUUACGA